AUGCCAAAUGUGUGUGUCACGCCAGAUUGUGGGAAGACAGCUACCUUACGGUGUCCUACUUGCGUGAAACUCGGAAUAACCGGCUCGUAUUUUUGUAAUCAAGUACGGUUUAUCAAUUUGCUAUUCACAUGCUUCAGGAAUGCUUCAAAAAAUACUGGAAAACACACAAAAACUUGCACCUUCUCGCUGGGAAAGAUUACCUUGCCUGAAAGCGAGUAUGACAGUGUGUUCAGUGGUUAUCGUUUCACAGGCUCCCUUAGACCGGGAAAGAAGUUCCUGAAUCAAUACCCCGACCGGAUUACGCCGAAGCUGGUAUUUGUGCCCAAUCUUUUUACUUCUUUAGGCAUCCCCAUAUCUGAAAAUGAUGCCAAGAGGUCGCAUACAAUCGUCACCUUGUCCGACGAGGAAAUGGAGGGCAUGCGCACCACCGGAAGGCUUGCACGCGAAGUCCUCGACGCAGCUAUAAAUGCUGUCGCUGUUGGAGUCACUACAGACGAAAUUGAUCGGAUUGUUCACGAGGCUAUUCUUUUAAUUUACUCCUUGAAGGAAUUUGUCAAGGCAUAG